AUAAAAAGGAAAAACUCAGCAGCUCAAUAAUAAAAAAAUUGCAGCGACUGCCACUUGCCCACUUGUAUCAGAAGCAACAAGUAGUAGUCGCACUGAAUCUUUCUCGCCGUAAAAAGCAAAAGCUGCUCGUAAAACGUAGCCGGACUUAAUCGCCGGCACCACAAACUGUUUUGCUGCAUUUCAUUCUGAUUCAUUAUGGCCAAUGGUCCAGCACCGUUUUCCGAGACUGGCAAAAGAGCAAGAGACCUGUUGUACAAGGAUUAUAACUUCGACCACAAGUUUAUCUUUUCAGUGCCAAAUUCCACUGGAUUGGGUCUUACAGCUACAGGGUUGAAGAAGGAUCAAUUUUUUGUUGGUGACAUAAGUGGACUUUACAAGAGUGGAAACGUUGCAGUGGAUGUCAAAGUUGAUACACACAAUAAUGUAUCUACAAAAGUGACUUUGAACGAUGUUUUCCACAGUAAAAAGGUAGCUUUGAGCUUCAAUAUACCUGAUCACAAGUCAGGAAAGUUGGAUGUGCAGUAUCUUCAUCCUCAUGCAGCCAUUGAUUCCAGUAUUGACUUGAACCCGGCCCCUCGAUUGGAGCUUUCAGCUGCAAUUGGAAGCAAAGAUAUAUCCAUUGGUGGUGAGGUUGGAUUCAAUACAACUUCUGCUUCAUUCACGAAAUAUAAUGCCGGAAUUGCCUUCAAUAAACCAGAUUUCUCUGCAACACUUAUGCUGGCUGAUAAAGGAGAGGCCCUGAAGGCAUCAUACAUUCAUUAUGUGGACCGCCCAGAUGAAUUAACAGUUGCUGCUGAACUUGCUCACAAACUGUCCUCAUCCGAGAACAGAUUCACCAUUGGAACCUCACAAUUAAUAGAUCCAAAAACAGUUUUGAAGACUCGAUUCAGUGAUGAUGGUAAAGCUGCCUUCCAAUGCCAACGAGCGUGGAGGCCAAAUUCACUCAUAACCCUGUCUGCUGAGUACAACUCCACAAAGAUCUUUGGUUCACCUGCCAAAUUUGGUCUUGCUCUUUCUCUCAAGCCUUAAACUGGUUUGCCAAUUAAACCCUAUUUAAUAACUUUUAAACUUUAGCAUUCUAUCAUUUUACACUGUUGCCAUUACCCCUGGAGGGAUGUUUCAAGCCCUAUCAUAUCAUAAGGUAAACCAAAGGAAUCAGUAUCAUUUGUGAAUUCUUCUAAAGCAACAUGGGAAAGAGACCCAGUUUUGAAAACUUACAUAAUGACAUUUUUGUAGCCAAUUUAUAGUACUGCCAUUCAAUAUCUGACAUAUGCUUUUGGGGCCAAAUUUUAUUUAUUUCAAAACGAUUCAUAGUGACGUGGAUAAUUGGUGCCUGAGGUCUAAUUUCAUUAUUUUAGUAACAUCUUCUCAUAUAACCCAACUUUGGUUUAUCAUUCUAUUCCUCUGAGCAGUUGAAUGGUUACAAAGGGGAUGUUUUGUACUAAGGAUGUAGUAUGAAUAGGAGUAAUAAGGUGCUGGAAACGAAUACAUCGGUUUGUGUGAAUAAAUUCAAUGAUAUGUAUUAUCUUUUUUGAGAUGAUUACAUUUUGGAUACUGAUGUUUAUUAAGGCACGUUUGAUUAAGAUUACUCUAAUAGUUAAAA